AUGAAGAAGUCAGUAAUCUCACGUAUGAGUAAGAAGGCAUGCGCGGUAUGCACUAAACGAAAGGUGAAAUGUGAUAGACAGAUACCAUGUGGUAAUUGUGUCAGAAGAGGACAAGAAAGUGAAUGUAUCAAGGCAGUAACUAAUGACUUUAUCCAAGCACCAAGUUUGGGAAAUGAUAAAGAUUCCUUUUCAAACAUUUUAAGAUUAUGGAAUAGUUACGAGUAUUGGAUUACUGACGUUGGACUUUUCAAGACGAAAAAUAUUGAUAUAACUGCCAAGAUACCCAGCUUUGAAGCACGAUUAGCAGAAUGUGCAUUUUGGACAGACUACCUACAAUUAGAAGAAUCUUUUAAGUUAUUGAACUUUGCUGUAGAAAAUUUGGGUCCUUUAUACUUUGGAUGCCUUGGUGAUAUCAGCGAAUUGUUUGUUCAACUGGAAAGUUAUUGGAAUAGAAGACAACAAUUUAAAGAGUCACCUAACGAUAUAUUCUUUUCAAUAGAUGAUUAUUACUGGAAUUCGUUACUUUGGUCAAUCUUUUCUAUGUGUGUGUACUACAGUCCUCUAGAGACCAUAGCUGAAACUUUUAAAGUUCAACCAAUAUGUGAACAACUAGGUAUCGAUACAAAUCAACAAUGGUCGGAAUCAUUACAGCUAACUCUUGUACAAGGGUUUGCCAAAUGUUCUAUGCAUUUUUUGCAUUUGGCCGACAAUAACCGAAAUCCAGAUGUGAGAUUUAUUCAAUCGUUUCUCAUAUUAUCCACUACCAAUUUUCAACUAACUGAUUAUUUCCUCUCUGAUACAUUACUCUCCCAGAGUGCUCAUAUUGCAAGAUUUUUCAACAUUGACUCUUAUAAACAACUUUCAACCGAUGAUGAAUCUACAGAUUUAUCAAAAGAAGUCUUCUCCAAAAUAUGGAUGCGAAUGUGCAUGCAAGAUUAUCAACAAGAGAAUCCUAAUAAAAAGAAUAGUUUUCAUAAAGAAAUUUCUUCUCUGCUUCAGCAUGCUGCAUUCUAUCAAGAUAUGCCAAAUUUUGAUAUAUAUAAACAGGAGGAUAGUUUCGAGUCGCUUUGUUGGAAGAUCAGUUCUUUGGAAAGAGACUUAGACAAAUAUCUUUUAACAUCUUUUAAACCACAGAUAAAAACAUUUGAUGCAAUAAAAAGGGAACUUGCAAUUUUUGAAAAGAAAAUCGGUGAUUUAAAUUUCGAUAAGAAAUCAACUAACUCACAGUUUGAAAAGUUUAUCAGUAUAUUUCUGCUCUCCACUGUUCAAUGGAAAUUACAUAAAAUGUACCUUAUUUAUUUCAAUGCUGCCGAUUCUUUACAAUUGUCAGUUCAUUAUUUACAAAUUAUGGUACGUCUUAUUGAAAAAAAUAUGAAUCGAGAACUAACAUUCUUUAACAAACACCCAUUGAUCAUAAGAUCUCUCUCGAGAAUAGUACCAUUUUACGCAUUUUAUAACAUUUUUGAAUCGAACCCUCAGAUUGAAGAACUAAAUAAUGAUUUGGGUAAUCUGAUUCUUGCACUUCCUGUAUUACUGGGAGAAAAAUGUGUAAAACUCACAUACUUAGUGCAAAGAUUGAACAGUAUGAACAUAAUGUGGGAAAAAGUAAGAGUAGAAGGAUCAUCAUCAAAUUGGAGUCAUCCUGUGCUGAAAAUCAUUCAGGAUGAUAUUAAAAUAAUAUCCAGAUAUAGUAAUAGAACAUUGGUAUUGGUUAAGGGUGUUCCCUCAUUUGGUGAUGUUACUGAUAUUAACAGUAGUGAUAAUGCAGAAAAUGAUAAAGAAUAUUUUGCAAGAAACAAAGAGAGUACUGAAUUCAAAUUUAUAGUUAAUGAAUUCGAAAAACAACAUAGCAUAAGUAAUAUUUUUGAUUAA